CCGCAUCGAGCGUGCGCUGGCCGGAGCCGCAUCGCCGCUGCUGCGCGCUGCAGCCUGCAGACAUACAGCGAGAGGCCGGCCCGCAGGCGCCACGCGGAGAAUGGAAGCGGGUGCGGCGCCGAGCAUCUGCAUGCUGCCGGCAGCGCCUGCAGCCCUGCCGAAGGCGAGGCGAGCAUGCACGCGCGGGAGCGGAGAAGGUUGGGGCUCCGCAGCGCGCAGCACGGCACGCAUGAAGGCAGCUUCCGCGCAGAAAAGUAGGCGUGGUGAUGGACGAGGCACGCGCCUCGAGCCCUCCUGCACCCGAGGGGCACGUCUGCGGCGCGGCCCAAUCUUGAGCCGGGCGUUGCUGCCGCCUUGCUCGCUGUGGCGCACCGCGUGCAGCGCCGUGCAGCAAGCUCUAGCACGCGCAUGACACGCAUGCGCGGGACAGGUGGCUCGCUUGCCCUCCUGCGCGCCCCUGCA